GGCUUUUUCGUAGCCGUCCCCCAAUUGAUUUGCUACGCCGCGGCUUCACUUAUCGACCCCGCUGCUGCAACACGAGCCGGCGUACCUCAGUCCACCAUUGCUUCUUCAUUGUCCGCCAUUUUUGAGUAGAUUUUCCCGCGCCUGACCCGGCCGCCAUUUUGUUGCCCUCAUUUCCACUCCUGUACUAACGUAUAUAGGGCUGCCUUGAUAGGGCUCCCUGUGUGUGUCAACUGUUCUAGGACCCUAUAGACAAUACUAGGGUUCUUUUUCAUCACGACCACUGCUGUAUCCCAAGACUGUGACUGUGCCCUACUGUGACUGUGAUCUCCGCUGUCUGUGCUGCUCAUAAGCCGUGGCUGCGUUUUAAACUGUCUGAAUCAUACUCUGCUGUGGCUGUGUGCUGAGACUUUGACAUUGUGCACAAGUAGAACUGUACAUUCUGCCCCAUCUGUGGCUGUGUACCUGCCUGCCUACACUGUACAUUCUGCUCCUUCCGUGUGGGCUGAGACUGUGAUAAUCUGCACAAGUUGAACUGUACCCUCUGCUACAUCCGUACAACUACCAAUCUGUGACUGUGUGCCAGGCUGUUGAUACUACACAAUAAUUACCAUCGUACAUUCUGCCCCCUCUGUGGCCGUGUACUUAGCGAUCUGCUAGUGCAUUCUACCCCCUCUGUGGUCAUGUACUCAGCAUAUUCGGGUCUUUACAUUCUGCCCCCUCUGUGGCCGUGUAUUGCAUACCCUAGUGAAUACAAGAUGGCAGAACAGCCAGAGACACCUAAGGCAACUAAGACCAAGCAUGUCAAAGCUGUGGCCAAGACUAAACACCUCUCCGGCCACAGCAAAACCAAACGCCCACGAUAUGCCUCUAUUCCGACUCGCACUAGAGCAGGCCAGGCACAGCUAACAGACAUAUUUCAUUCUCCCGCUGCCUCCUCUGCCGAAGACGAAUUUGCGGGUUUUCCUGAACAGCCAACAACUGGCCAGCCUCUUUCCAUAUUAUUGCCCCAUCCGCCGUCACAGUCUACCGCGCCUCCUACUCAAGCACUACCAUCUGCUUCACUGGGGCUGCAGCUGUCUCAGGAAUUUCUUGCCCAGUUACAAGGCAUGUUGUCCUUUUUACAAACACAGUCACCACAGGUUCCUGUCAUACCUCAGCACAGUAUGGGCCAAUAUGUAUAUAAUGAGGCAAAUCCAUCUUGCUCCCCAAAUCCUUUUGAUGUUACCAGAGGCAGAUGUAUCGAUGACUUAUCAUGUGGGGCGGAGUCACCCUUUCUGGAGCAAGUCGAGGGUGACGAAUGGAGUGAUUAUUCGGAACACGAGGAGGAUACAUCGUACCGCUUGUUUAAUCCCUCCGACUAUCAGCCUCUUGUUCGCAGGGUAGUUAACACCCUUGGUCUCCACACUACUCCACCGGCAGCUACCACUCCAGCUAUUAAAGGGGCCAGGGUCCUCAAAUCACCUGCACCAGUCGAACAUUACCUCCCGGUGCCAGACCCCAUCGCAAAACUGGCUGCCGAUGAAUGGUCUCAUCCUUUGCAAGCUCGCCGCUUCAAGAACCUUGCGGACAAGCUUUACUCUCUGGCUCCUGACUUUACCACCAAACUGGCCGUUCCUGGCAUAGACGAGCCUAUCGCUAAUCUAGUUUCUCGCUCUCUUUUGCCACGGGAAGGUGAAUCCCAACUACAAGAUGCUACUGAGCGGAGGUUGGACUUCGCUCUACGCAAGAAUCAUGAGGCCACCACUUUCUCCAUGCGCGCCUCCGCAUCAGCUUCCGUUUUCUCCAGGGCAGCAAUGAUGUGGCUGGAUGAUCUUCUAGAGGAUCCUAAUCCUGAUCCCACAUCGAUAAGAAGGUCACUGAUAAAGCUGCGUAAGACGGCGGCGUUUGUAGCUGAUGCCACCUUAGACGCCAAUCAACUGGGAGCACGAGCCAUGACGGCUCAGAUAGUCGCUCGACGCACCCUUUGGCUUCGUCACUGGCAAGCUGACUCCACAGCCAGAGUUAAUCUCUCCAGGGCACCUUACUCCGGAUCUUUACUCUUCGGCGACGAAGCCCUAAAGGCAGUACUUGUUGAUCAGAAGGAUGCUCGCAAACCGGUUUUGGCCACUGUCAAGCAGAUUGACCACCGACCUUUCAGGCGCUUCCCCUCAUUCCGUACGAACCAGCCCUUUCGAGGAACGUGGUCUGGAGGACGAGGCCGCGACUUUCGAUCCUAUGACUACCGUACCUUCAGGGGAGCCUGGAACAGACGUUUCCAGGGCAGAGGCCCAUGGUUGGUUAGCCAACGUCGACAAAAGCCAUCUACAACCGACCCAACGCCUACAGCAUGUAGGUGCAAUGUUGGACACCCUGCAAGCGACGGUGUUCCUGUCACCAGAUCGUAUAAUUGCUAUCACAGACAUCACAAGAUCUCUGCUGCACAAAACAUCUGCAGACGUCAUGUUUCUAGCCAGGGUGCUCGGAAUGUUCAUCUCUACCAUCCAUAUUGUGCCAUGGGCUCGAGCUCAUACUCGCCAUCUUCAGUGGGUCUUGCUACCGUUCCAACAAGACAUUGCCAGAUCAAACCAUUGAGCAAUCCCCUUGAGUCCUGCGCUCCGCCUUUCGUUCCGCUGGUGGACGAGGGUCCAACAUCUUUCCAAGGGCACCCCGCUCAGAGACCCCCGCAGGACUGUUGUCACCACAGAUGCCAGUCUGAUCGGCUGGGGAGCCCACUGCAACUCCCAGUACGUUCAGGGAGUUUGGUCCACAACAGAGCAGACUCACAGCAUCAAUUGGUUGGAGCUAAAGGCUGUCCACUCAGCUCUGCUUGUUUUUCAGUCUCUGUUCCCUUUGGACCAUGUUCUCAUUCGAACGGACAACACGUGUGUAAAAUCACAUUUGAACAGACAGGGGGGCACCAGGUCUCGCCCUCUGCAGGACUUAGCCUCCCUCAUCUUCGUCUGGGCAGAACACCAUCUACAAUCUCUGAAAGCAGAACAUCUCUGAGGGACUUGGAAUGUGACGGCAGACUGGCUCAGCAGACAACAGGUUUUUCCGGGCGAAUGGAAACUUCAUCCAACUAUUUUCCAUCGUCUCCAGUGUCGAUUUGGCGCCUUCUCAGUCAACCUGUUUGCUUCCAGUCGCAAUUAUUUAUUUAUUUAUUUCAUUUUUAAACCGCCCAUAGCGAGU